UGGAAGCGGAAGUGACUGGGAUUCUGCUGCUCCACUCCUCGUUCAUCCUAAACACUCGCCUGAAAGCAGAGACAAGCCGAGCGGCGUCUGCAUCUCAUCCGGUUCCACCUUUGUCACCGGACUCCUCCGUGGGACAUGCUCCCUCGGGUCGUCGACAUCGACGCCUGUCUGAACACAGGAGGGGAUUAAGUUACUGCUGCUGGCAGCGGAUUGUUUUUAUUGGCCUCCUCUUGGCAUUCCUAAAUCCCUAUUAAGAAAAGCAAUUUCAAAGUCAGACAUGUCUUUCCGUCGGGGGGUCGUCAGACAGAGCAAAUUUCGCCAUGUAUUUGCUCAAGCCUGGAAAGCAGAGCACUGCAUCGAUGAUGUGAGAGUGUCGCGGGUCACGUGGGACAGCCCACUGUGUGCCGCUAACCCUAAAUUCAUCGCAGUAAUCAUUGAAGCUGGUGGUGGAGGAGCUUUCCUUGUAGUUCCGAUCGGCAAGAGUGGGAGAAUCGAUCAGUCAUGCCCUACCGUGUGUGGUCAUGCAGCACCAGUGCUGGACAUCCAGUGGUCUCCUCAUGACGACAACAUCAUUGCAAGUGCCUCAGAAGACUGCACUGUCAAGCUAUGGCAGAUCCCAGAUGCAGGCUUGACCAGUCCAAUGACCGAGGCCAUCUUGACUCUGGAGGGGCACAGUAAGAGGGUGGGCAUACUUGCCUGGCACCCCACUGCCUUCAACAUUCUCCUGACUGCAGGCUGUGAUAAUGUAAUUCUGGUCUGGAAUGUGGGAACUGGAGAGCUUGUUUACCAGCUGAGUGAUGCUCAUCCAGACCUUAUCUACAGUGUGAGCUGGAACAAAAAUGGGAGUGCCAUCUGUACUGUGUGUAAAGACAAGGCUCUACGAGUUAUUGAUCCCAGGAGAGGCAGCAUCCUCAAGGUGAAGGAGAAGGUUCACGAUGGCACUCGACCCAUGAGAGCUGUGUUCCUGUCUAACGGGAAUAUACUCACCACUGGUUUUAGCCGAAUGAGUGAGCGUCAGCUUGCUUUAUGGGAUACAAAAGAUCUGUCUGAGCCCAUGGCAGUCCAAGAAAUGGACACGAGUAAUGGGGUUCUUAUACCAUAUUACGACCCUGACACCAACAUGGUCUACCUCUGUGGAAAGGGAGACUGCACCAUCCGGUACUUCGAGGUGACAGAUGAAUCGCCUUACGUUCAUUUCCUCAGCUUGUACAGCAGCAAGGAGCCUCAGAGGGGUGCAGGAUUCCUUAGUAAAAGAGGGGUGGAUGUCAACAAGUGUGAGAUUGCCAGGUUCUAUAAACUGCAUGAACGGAAGGUUGAACCCAUCUCAAUGACUGUACCUCGGAAGUCAGAUCUUUUUCAGGGAGACCUCUAUCCAGACACAGCUGGUCUCGAACCUGCUCUGCUAGCAGAGGAAUGGAUCGCAGGCCAGGAUGCUGUCCCCAUCCUAAUCUCCCUGAGUGCUGGUUAUAAUGCUCCGCCAUCCAAGCACAAAGACACCAUCAGGAGCAGACCCAAGAUCACCACACAGGACUCUGGCACUGGAGCUCCAUCCUCAGCCAGCAACGUAGUACCUGCUCCCUUGUCCACUACAUCAUCUGCAAAGGAAAUGGGAGAAGAGGAGGCCCCACAUAGAGCAGCCACGGGAGACACUGGUGGUGUGAUGGAGAGGCCAAAGAAGGAAGACGAUCUGUUAACAGAGUUGUUAGCAGAGAUGAAGGCGCUGCGCACCGUUGUGCUUGCUCAAAGCCAGAGAAUCGAGAUUCUGGAGCGGCAACUGGCCAGGAUUGAAGACGGCGACGUAUGAGAAGAGAAAGGAACCUUGCAUUCUGGCUGAGUUCUUCCUAAUGAGUAGAUCUUAGGUCACAGGUCGAUGUCUUUCUAAUGUCAACACCUCUGCUGUGAGAGGUCCGAACACUAGUGUGACCUUGGUAACUGUGAUUAAAAAGGCUUACAAAUGAACCACAAAAAAAUCGUCUGAAGAGAGCCCAGUUGCCUCUAUCCUGACUGCUAUGUAGCUGUUUGGUGUUUUAUAUGAAGAAUGUUGUGACAGUCAAGUGUGCUCUUCACAGUUCUGAUAAUCCAUGCAAUUAUUUUGAGGUGACCCCCAUUGCACCAGAAAAGAAUAGCAUUAACCUUCAGUGUAGAACAGAUAUCUCCACAGAGUUUCUCUCAAUGAAAGACUUGCAAAUGUAACCAUUAGGGGUAUUUAACAUGGUAGUUAAUGCUGCUAAACUGUGAUUUUAUGGGAUCCGUGUUGUGGACUUGCUAUGUGAUUUGAAUAGUCAUGAAUCCACUCUGAGAUGUGUGUAAGACUAACAGUGGAGGAAAGGUUUCGCUGGUGAGAGGGUUAGUGAAAACCGUUUGAAUCUUUGUCUAACAGGACUAGUGAUUUUGUAAGUCAUGUUGUCAACCAAUUUGGCAACUUUGUAAUAUGUAAUGUCAUAGAAGUGAGUAGUAGAGUGUUUACAUCAAAGCUAUUAAAAUACAUCUUAAGCCCCUCCUUCCUUUUGCAUGUGGAAAGUCUUUGUAUGGUGACUUUGGAACAGAACGAAGAAUAUUUGGUAACACUUUAAGCUCUUAUCUAUAAUGCAUUAUUAGUACACUCAUAAGACAUCUUAAUGUAUUUACUAGGCUUUAUAGAGCUUGCUAUGAAUGUUCAUAAUCCUGUAAUAUAACUUGUGGCAAGGUUAUGAAGUACUUUAUGUUGUGGAUUUAACCUUAAAACUUGAGAACUCCCAACCCUUCAGAAACAUAAGUUGUCAUAUGUGAUUAUGAUCAUAUCGUGCUCUAUGAAGCCUUAUCAACGCUUUAUGAUGUCUUAUGAAUGUACUAAUAAAGCAUUGUAGAUGAGACCGUAAUAUAUAGUGUAACCAAAAAAUCUUGAGGGGACGGUGAGUCUUGAACUGCCGGCGUUUUCCAUUAGGGGUUGCCACAGUAAUCCCGACUCACACCUGUCCUCUUCCUGUCCACAAACCUCGUUGGUGGUCUUCCUUUUUCUCCUAAUCCAUGGUACCUCUAUUUGUAACAUUCAAACAGCAAAAGCUGUUCUUUGUAGUUUCUAAAUGUGAAUUUACCAUGUUUUAUACUGACUUUUUACUAUUUAUUUUGCCUUCCCAUUAUUAAAUUUUCUGAAAUAAUUCUCCCUUGCAUAAAAUUAAUGUUAAUCUUAAUGCACUGUUUUGUUUUUAGAGAAGAAAUAAGAUAUCUGCGGAAGUUCAAUAAAA